AUGGCAAACACUGCGACGCGAUCGUUUUUGCAAGUGGCUGCGACGGAGGAAGCCACGCCCCCCCUCAGAGUCGUUCAAAUCGAAGGAUUGGUUAUUUUGAAAAUAAUAAAACACUGCAAGGAGUUUUCGCCAGCUCUAGUAACUGGACAGCUGCUUGGUUUAGAUGUGGGCAGUGUUCUAGAAGUCACCAAUUGUUUUCCUUUCCCGAUUCGGGAGGAAGAUGAAGAGAUUGAAGCAGAAGGUGCUAAUUAUCAGCUUGAAAUGAUGAGAUGCCUUAGGGAGGUCAAUGUUGAUAACAACACUGUUGGAUGGUAUCAAUCAACCUUGUUUGGCUCCUUCCAAACAGUGGAAUUGAUCGAGACUUUUAUGAAUUAUCAGGUAUUCUAG